AGCUCCUAUCUCUAUCGUCUAAUGACUUCCUAGAGGGAUUGGGCUCUCGUCAAUGACCAUUACAAUUAAGCAAACAAGAGGACAGGGCACCAUGAGGAGACGAACUAUUUUGCAGUGAACGAGGGCAGAGCAAACAGUAUUCAAGUCAGCCAAAGAGAGAGAUAGUGAGCAAUACAGUUCCACGUGGUACUGUCUUUGAAACUCGUAUGUUGGUCCCAACCUGUUGAAAAAGGAAACCGUUGAGCCUAAAUAUGAAUCAUCUCCAACCGAUGGAUAGUCCUACAGUCCUUACCACAACUAUUUGAAAAUAAGAAACCCAGCUGAAAUCAUAAAACCAGCAUCCGUUGAACUUCACAAGCCUACCAAUCAGAUUUGUGUAAUGUCGCCUAUCAAAGAAUAGGACCAUGGAACGUUUGGGGACACUGAAUGGAUCAUGGUGUUUUUUUUCGGAUGACAGCUAGGCGCCAUUGGCUCCAUUUUAACAUCCUGAUCAUCAUCAUCAUCAUCAUCAGUGGUAUGACUAUGGGGAUACACGAGAAUAUAAGACGUCGAGACCCCACCUACGUUUCUGAAGCUGAUUGGACUCGCGCAGAUACACAGCUAUGAUUUAAUAAACAGAAUAGUGGACACAUCACUCUGUCCUCGCGGAUCUCGUCGCUGCACUGCAGGAGCUAUCCGUAUCAUCGUUUCGCUCUCACCACCAAGCAUCCGCACCUGGGCGCGCGCACGGUCUUCUCCAACUGUCUCUAACAUAAUAUUCAUAUUCGAAUAUUACCACGCCGGAAAACAGCUUGUCUAGGCUACAGGUGGUGUUAAUAAGAAGAUGAAAAACGGAUUGUUGCUGGUGGCUCUGUUCCUCGUCAUGAAACUCCGCUCAAGCCAGUCCAGCUGCGAGGAGCCUGCUGCUGGGGCGCUCAGAUCAACUGCUGACUCAGAGGAUACUCCAGGUCUUGAAAACCUCAAGCGGACCAUUCUGAAGAGAUAUAACGACCUAGAUUAUGACAGCUUUGUUGGGCUGAUGGGUAGAAGGGGCGCUGAUAUUUAUGAAGUACCUCCCUCUCCACAUAAAAGAGAGAUGGAUGAUGUCUUUGUUGGGCUUAUGGGCAGAAGAAACUUGGAACAAGGCAACAUGCGUCCUUUGAGAAAGGAGGCAUACCCUGAGACAAGAAGAGGAGGCUUAUUCUUUAAUAAGUGCAGACUGAGGUUUCGGCGUGGGCUGUAGACAAGACAUUCAUCCAGACCCAUCCCUAACAUCCAGCCAAGGCAAAACCCCUUUUCAGAAGAUUGGACUUAUUAUUAUACAAUACAGAAAAAGAAACAACUAUUUAUUUGACAAAACAAAGUAUUUGCGAAAACAUCUAUGGAAUUUAAACUGACCAAAAUCAACCUGCUAUUGUAACACGUGCCCGAUGAGUUGUCAUAGUAACUAAUCGCUAUAAUGUAUUACCUGAAAGAAAUCAGUAACAGUCUGAUAAGAACUAUUUCUUUACCAUAUGUUUGUGAUUCAAAUUAAAGAAAUAAUCAACAAUACUGACAAUUCAUUGAAAAAUAUUUGGUUACAACAUUUUAAAUCCACCAUCAUAGCAACGAGAAUUCAAAGUGCCGGAAUAUGUAACCAAAAAUUAACAUUAAGUAGUACUGGACAAACAAUACUUUAGUACUGUAGUUAUAGUAAGUAUAAUCUACCCCACUUUAAGGCCAUUCAACUGCUUAGCAGAUAAUCUAGAAUAAAUAGGAAAAUCAUGGCCAUUACAUUUGACAUGAAAUACACUCACACUUAGCUACACCACAGAGCAAUGUAAUACCAUUCAAAAAUGUGCUCAGCUUGACCUGACGCCGAAAACCUCGACAACGUUAAGAAACGACCAUUGUUCAGUGCACGCAUAUAAAGGUCCCUUCAUAUUUCUCUAAAAGUGCAAUACCAAUAUUGAAUUGAAUAGUUAUGGACAGUCAAUUAGGGAAUGGAAUACAGGAUCACUGUUAGUUGUGGAAAUUAUGAUUUUCCAAAUCAACAUCUAAGACACAGAAAUGCUUGAUAUCAUGCUGUAGGAAAUGUCCAGGUCAGAAUGUUGUUAUGCAGCGUGGGCCUCAUGAAGUAAAUGCUCUAGAAGUUUAUACAGAUGCAUGGUCACUAACGGCAUACUAUUGGAAUCCAAACAGAAUAUCAGACAAAACAACAGAUAUUGAUUUCAUUCAAGUAGAAAGUUGUACAGUAUAUGGAUGAAUAAAAUCCCCCACAACCAAGUAAACCUGAACUGUGGUGGAACUGGUGCACAACGUUGGAAAUAUCGAACCAGUUCCUGGCCUGACCAUUUCACAAGUCCUGUUUGCAAUCACACACAACAACACACUCCCGUUAUCACCUUUUUUAAAAACACAUUCAAACGCUUCAACUCAAACCGUCCCAAAUAACACCAAUGCAGGACCACGUUCACAUUCCACUUAAGUGGAAGUUAGGUGUCGACCCAAAGAGAAUCACUGCUGUCUCUCCUGUGUGACUGCAGUCCUGUUAUUGGGGAUUUGACUUUCCCUCGCAGCCCCUUUAUACGACACUGCCUCCAUUUUGGACUGGUCUCCACCACCAACAACAAUAAUACCAGCUGGUAUUGUCCCUCUACCAGCUGCCCCCACAGUGGCCCUUUCCGGCUGGGCCAGCUGCUCCACCAGGCCCUGGGGUAGUGGAGGUCUGUAGCGGUAUCUGUAGCCGUAGGCACGGAGGUGGUAGGUCCAGUACUCCAACGUGUACAUCAGCUCUGCGUCCACAUAGUGGAAGGAUACUGCCAGGUCUGAGCAGCACUGAGGACCCUGGAGGAAAAUAGCAAACUGAGCACUAUAAAACUUGCUCUAUGGCCUUCCACUGUAUCUUUAGACAGAAUCCCACCCUUAAAACACACACCUGUGACAUAUGCACAUGCGUACACACACACAGCAAUACAGCUCGGAACACACACGCUUACUCCUCUGUAGCAUACAUCAGAUCGCUUAAACAGCUGUUUAAAACGGACUAUUGGAGUGUUCACUGUCUAUUUCACAUUCCUGCAAGUAUAUUUGACUGGGGGAAAACCUAAUAACACAUUUCUGACAGUCAUUGUUAAACAGAGGAGACACUGGCUAUGUUUCCUCCUCAAAGACACCUGAAUGGCUUGUUUACCCCCAGGUGUAUUGGCAUGUGCCUUGGUGGUCCCUGUCUGAUAGACUCAUAAUAAACGUGUCUCAUUUGUAUUGCAAAGCACAAUGAAUUAGCACAAAUAUAUGAAAGAAAAUGGGAAAUGUUCCUACUGUGGACAGUGCAUUGUCUCCACUGCAAUCAUCCACUUUAGCAAUCAUCCACUUUAAUGUAAUUUCUUUCUUUCUAUGAAUUUCUUUCUAUCUAAUGUUGUCAUUUUCACAGUGAUAUAUCCUUCGCAUAACAUGUAGCCUAUAUUCAGGCUGCUCAUAAAAUAAAUAAAUAAAUGUCUAUAUUCCA